AUGUCUGUUUUCAACAGAUCAAUUCCUGAACACACAAAACGAUGGGGUGAUAGCGGGAAACCCUGCAGAAGCCAGCCAACAUGGAGGGAUUGCUCAGCGAUCUAUACACCACAAGUCGUUGAUCGUUUUUGGGGCAAUCACAUCGGAUGGCAAGAUGCCCCUGAGUUUCUUGGAUAA